CACUCUGAAGAAACAAAACUUAACAUCUGAACGGGAGACACACGCAGACCGGACCUUUCUCUGAGAGAAGAUUCAAACUGAGUCCAUCACAGCGUUCUAAAGUCUCUGACUAACACUGAUAUGGCUGCUGCAAACUACCAGAGACCUGAGGACCAGUUCCUGUGCUCCAUCUGUCUGGAUGUGUUCACUCAUCCUGUCACCAUACCAUGUGGACACAACUUCUGCAAAGACUGCAUCUCUGAACACUGGAGUACCAAAGACCAGUGCCUGUGUCCCAUGUGUAAGAAGGUUUUCAGCUCAAAGCCCGAUCUGUACGUCAACACCUUCAUCUCUGAGAUGGUCGCUCAGUUCAGAGACAAAGCUCAGCAGGAAGCCAGCAGCAGCAGCUCAGAGCAACAAGAGUCCAAACCAGGAGAAGUCCUCUGUGACGUCUGCACUGGGACCAAACUGAAGGCCCUGAAGUCCUGCUUAGACUGUCUGGUGUCCUACUGUGAGACUCACCUGGAGCCUCACCUGACAGCUCCACGUCUGAAAAGACACCAGCUGAUCGACGCCGUGGAGAACCUGGAGGACAGGAUGUGUCCGAAGCACGAUAAACCUCUGGAGCUGUUCUGUAAGACCGAUCAGACGUGUGUCUGCAUGCUCUGCUCUGUUUUAGACCACAAGACCCACGAGUUUGUUCCUCUGGGAGAAGAAUAUGAAGACAAGAAGGCCGAGCUGGAGGAGACGGACGCUGCAAUCCAGGAGAUGAUCCAGAACAGACGAGUGAAGAUUCAGGAGAUCAAACACUCAGCCGACCUCGGUAAGAGAGACGCAGACAGAGAGAUGGCAGAAGGUGUUCGAGUCUUCACCGCUCUGAAGGAGUCUGUUGAGAGAGGCCAGGCCGAGCUCAUGGACUCCAUCAAAGAGAAGCAGAAAACAGCAGGGCAACAGGACCAAGACUUCAUCCACCAGCUGGAAGAGGAGAUCUCUGAGCUGAAGAAGAGAAGCUCUGAAGUGAAGCAGCUCUCAGGCUCUGAAGACCCCCUCCAUCUUCUCCAGAGAGUCCAGUCCCUGAACAUCAACCACCAACCACCAAUCAAAGACUGGACACAGGUUCAUGUCCGUCCACCUUCAUAUGAGGGGACUGUGGUGAGAGCUGCUGCUCAGCUGGAGGAGACUCUCAGAGAAGAGGUGAAGAAGCUGCUUCAACCUGAGCUGAAGAGAGUCCAGCAGUACGCAGAGGAUGUGACUCUUGAUCCUGAUACAGCACAUCCUGAACUCAUCCUGUCUGAUGAUGGGAAACAAGUUCAUCUCAGUGAUGUGAAGAAGAAUCUCCCAGACAACCCAGAGAGGUUUUCUCAUUGUGUUUCUGUUCUAGGAAAGCAGAGUUUCUCUUCAGGCAGAUUUUACUUCGAGGUUCAGGUUAAAGGAAAAACUAAAUGGGAUUUAGGAGUGGUCAGAGAGUCGAUCAACAGGAAGGGACUGAUCUACCUGAGUCCUGAGGAUGGUGUCUGGUUAUUAUGUUUGAGAAAUGAAAAAGGGUAUGAAGCUUUUGAUGAGCCUCCAGUCCUUCUCUCUCUGAGGUCUGAUCCUGAGAAGGUGGGGGUGUUUGUGGACUAUGAGGACGGUCUGGUCUCCUUUCAUGACGUAGACUCUGCAGCUCUUAUCUACUCCUUCACUGGCUGCUCCUUCACUGACAAACUCCUCCCAUUCUUCUGUCCUUCUCUUAAUGAUGAAGGUACAAACUCCGCCCCUCUGAUCAUCACUCCUGUGAGUGCUCAAUAAUCUCUCUCUUCCUGUUUGAUGCACCGAUUAGGGAUGUAAGGAUAUAUAGCAAGACGGUAAAAAAUCCAAACAAAUAAGGGUGGAUUAAAAUCGAUCCAACAGAAUAUGUAUUGGGAAAUCAUUUUUAAACGGUAGAGGGCGCUAUCUGCAUUUCACUCCGCUUGUUCAACAUCACAAAGUCUCUUGCGCCGCUCUCUCGUCUCUCGCUGAGUGGAGGUGUUUUAAGUUUAAAGCAUGUUUCAGAAUCAGCUGACUGAAGGUGUUGCUCA